GUGCUGAAUUCACAAGAGAAUUGGGCGCUGUUUUUGACGGAUUCGUCGGCAGGAUUGAGGUACCAGGGUACUCUACAAAAUGGCUCGUAUGUCGGCCGCUGCGUACGUUUUGCUGGUGUGCGCCAGCUCGUUGAUGCUCACGAGCUCCGUGGAAUCUUUUGCGAGCGUGCUGCUGCAAGGUUCCAGUUUGUAUUCUGAGCAAUAUCUAUUUGAGGGACCUUUUCAGUUCAAAAUGCAACAGGACUGCAACCUCGUGUUGUACAAAAACGGGCGACCAAUCUGGGCGACCAAUACCGGUGGUCGAGGCCGCAACUGCGAGUUCAGAAUGCAGCGAGAUGGAAACGCUGUACUCUACACUGGCUAUGGCGACCCCUUGUUUGGAUCCAACACUGCCGACAUGAACAACGGUGAUCACUACAUUGUUCUCCAGUGUGAUGGCAACGUGGUGAUGUACACUGCAAACGGGCGACCCGUUUGGGCCACCGACACAGGCGGAAAGGUCGAGGUCAUCGAUCUCGGCACAGCUCCCACUCCAACCAUGAACUCCACCUCGUCGGAUGUCAUCAUGUCUGUGACAGGAGGACGAUCUCACUAAUGAGCUGACAAGGAGAAAUCCUUCUGUCAGUUACCAUCCCAAGAAGCAAACCAACUCUGAAUGUGGCAGAUCCAAACAGUUAUGUGCAAAUGGAUGCUAGAAUUUCUCGAGUUGGAUUUGCAUAUAUAGAUCUGGUGUAUAGAUCAAGAUGGUUAAUGUUUGCUAAAUAAUUGUACGCAUCUGGGAUCACGAUAUAGACCUUCUCAGAUUUCUGUACACAUCUUUAUUCUGGUAUAACCUAAGUGUGCGUUUGAGAUGUGAGAUUUCCAUCCAUCACCAUGUUGAGAAUAUGGUAAGGUAUCAACGAUUUAUGGCGGUUUGUAGUCUGGGAAUGUGGAAUCUGUCACUCUAAAGAUCAGAACGUCAUGCAUGCAACGAGGGAGGUCAAGUGGAGGAGCGUGAAAAAUAGUGCAGCUAGCUCUACACGUUUGUAUUUGCAUGCAAGAACACUUGCACGUGAUGUGUGGACCGUAAUCUGCAUGACACUCACGUGACAUGAGCACAUCGUGCCAGCACAAACUUAGAUCGAGCUGCUGAUAUGAAUGCAGCUACUGUACUUGUUUGAAAGCCAAAGAAAGUCCUACACAUAACACAGAAAAAAGUGACUGCAACUGGCUUGGUUAGUAGCACAAUUAUUGCACUAUCGUUUAGAAACUAUUUCAUAUCGUGUAAACCCAAGCAGUGUAAGAUUAUUUGGACCCUGUGGUUCCAAGCGUGUCUAUGCACGUGCUUGAAGAUCUAAUAUAUUCUACUGGAACAAGCUCUAGAACAUCCAAACUUUA